AUGGGACAAUUGAAGUUGCUACAGAGAACUUUUCUGCUCAAAACAAGCUUGGAGAAGGAGGAUUUGGUGCAGUUUAUAAGUCAUAGUAAUUUCCUUUCGAUUGGAAUGUCUUGUCCUUCAAUAUAUGGCUUUAGCAAAAGCAUCAGCUUGCAUGAAUAUGCAGAUCCAAUCAAACGUGCACAAUUGAAUUGGGAAGUGCGUGACAACAUUAUACAAGGCAUUGCUGGAGGACUUCUUUACCUUCAUCAAGAUUCCCGCCUUCGUAUUAUUCAUCGUGAUCUCAAAGCUAGCAACAUUUUAUUAGAUGCAGACAUGAACCCCAAGAUUUCAGAUUUUGGGACGGCAAGAUUAUUUGAAGCAGAUCAAAGUCAAGCCAAUACACACAAAAUUGUGGGGACCUAUGGAUACAUGCCUCCGGAAUAUACAAUACGCAGACACUUUUCAGUAAAAUCUGAUGUGUUUAGUUUUGGUGUGUUAUUUCUGGAGAUAGUGAGGGGCAUGGAAAAAUUGGAGGAUAACUUGGCUGACAGACCGAACAUGUCUUCAGUUGUUCUCAUGCUCAAUAGCCAGUCUACCACUUUACCAGUACCCACAAGACCGGCCUUUCUUAUGUACAGGAACAAUGAUAGAUCAGAUAAAGUACAUGGAAGUAACUCUGCCCAACCCUCGAUAAAUAAGGCUUCAAUUUCUGAGCCAAAUCCUCGGUAG